GAGGGCGAAUUCAUUAUUUUCCAUUUGGUUCACUUCGAUUUUUGUUGAAAUAAAUAUUAGUGGUAAAACUUGUGAUAAAUAAAAUAAAAACAUCUUAGAAUUGAUUAAUAAGAACUAUAAAACAAUAAUAUAGAUGAUGUUCUAAUAUAAAUUAAACGAAUACACUUCAACAUCAUCUUCUUCCCUCUUGUGAAACAACAGAAUUAAGAAAUGAUUGCAUCGAAGUUGAACGAGAAGCGAAUGGAUUUUAAUCAAAGAAAGGAUAUUUGCGAAAUAUUUUUUACUCGUCAUGACUUGGAUAAAAAUUCACAACUUGUACAAAACAUUCGUUUUCAACGAGAAAAAUUACAACGUUCAACUGAAUUCGUGGAAAAUUUAAUAUUGUCAUCAAGAAAGUCUAUUUAUGUCAUGAUGUACAUUCUCACAAAUAACAUUUUGUCACAGGCUUUGAUAAAAGCUCACAAUAAUGGUAUCGAGGUGUUUGUUGUUGUUGACAACUCGAUGAGAAUUUCAAGUCAAGGCAAACUUUCUUUACUGUCAAAAGUUGGAAUUCCUGUGAAGGUUUUUGAUAUUGAUACAAUGCACCAUAAAAUGUGUUUGAUCGAUGUUCCGAAUUAUGAUGAUGAUAAGAAUAAGAAGAAGAAUGACAAUAAAAUUAGUAAGAAGUUUAUGAAGGAAGAGACUAUUCAAAUCCCUGACAAUGGUAUCAUUAUCAAUGGUUCAAUGAAUUGGACAAAUGAGGGAUUGAUGCGUAACCGAGAAAAUUUCGCUGUCAUUUCAAAUGCUGUCGCAUGUCAAAGCGCACUCGCAGAAUUUCUUAUUGUUUGGAAGAAUGCAAAGGACUUUGAAGAUUAA